AUGAAUACGGGACCACGUCAAUGGCCUCAUCUUGUAGGUAGAAGUGCUCAAGAAGCCGUUCAAGUAAUUAGAAGAGAUACCGGUUUAACUAAUAUUCAAAUUAUGCAACCAGAUAUGAUGGGCACCAUGGAUUAUCGAACAGAUCGAGUUAGAAUUCAAGUCGAUCAAUAUGGUAGAGUUUCAUCUCCACCAACUAUUGGUUAA